AUGAUCUACAUCGACGACGAACUCCGCCGCCGCAUCGAUCACGCACUGGAAGAUCGCUGCCCCAUGUUCAUCGCCACGGUGUCCGCCGAUGGCGAACCUCAAAUCAGCAUGCGAGGGAGCGUGCUGGUUUUCGACCGCGACACCCUCGCUUUCUGGGAACGCGGCUGGCGCAAUUCUGCCGCCAACAUCCAGAAUGGCUCCAAGGUCGUCCUCUUCUACCGCCACCCAACCGAGCGCGUCAAUCUACGCUUCUACGGCACCGCCACCAUGUACCGCGAGGGGGCGAUCCGCGAUAACGUCAUGUCGCGCACCGUCCAGGGCGAACUGGACCGCGACCCCGACCGCACCGGCGCCGCCGUCCUGGUUCGCCUCUACCGCGUCAAUCAGCUCUCAGGCGAGGUCCUCCAGGAACGAUGA